UCUUAUGCAUUAUUCUGAAAGUAAAUAUAAAUAUUAACAUAUAACACUACACAAAUCUAUUUCGAUUGAUUAAAAUAAUUGAUUUAAAAAUCAUUCUUCCACAUUUUCAGAAACCAAUGGUAAAGCUUUACAUUCAAAAAGCCAAGGACAGACACAUUGCCAAGGAACUGGCACUCUUAAGGGCUUCAAAUCCCACACCACCAAUGAUUUCGCAUCUUGAUGAAGUGGACGAUGCAGCAAUUGAAGAGGGAAUCAGGAGGGCAGUGGAGGCGAGGUUACAACCUGCUUCUUCUGUGACUUCCAGUGACCACACCACUGCAGGUGUGCAGCCUUCUUCUCUUUUUCCCUGCAAGGCUCCCUGUGACCAUACCAGCCCAAACGUGCAGCCUGCUUCUGCCAUUGACAACGAGGUUGCCUGUGACACAACGGUAGAGCGAAAUCCAGCCAGAACACCUUACCAGUCACGUACACUACGCAAAACACUUUCUGCUCUGAGGAAACCUGCAAGUGGGUGCAAGAACUGCCAGGUUUUGUUUACUGAACUGAAGGUGGUGAAGCAGCUGCUGGAGUGCGAAAUCGAAAGGAGUCAUGAGCUCAAGCAGCUACAUUCCUCAACAAACCGUACAAAUGCAGUUAAAUAUAGGCGGAGCAAAGCCCCUCAUUAUGUAAAACUGGUCGAGGAGAAGCAGGAGUCAUCGGGACCAGAUGAGUAUGUGAGAAAAAGGCUGUACCAGCAGCAAAGGAACAAGAUGGUGAGAACAUGUGAAGAAGAGGGCGUAAGUGAAGCCAAACCCACACAGCAUCAAACACCAGAGAAUUCAGAAAAGGAGGAUGACAUUGUGGCACGAAAGACUUACAAGCUGCGCAAAAUACAGAAAUUUGUGCUGCCAAAGCAGCGGAAGCCACAGAGGAUUGUCUCCUCCUCUGAAGAAGAUGAUGGGACAGACCAUCAGAAACACAUGGAGAGCUCAUCUGGAGAGGAUGGGACAGAUGACUGGAAACCCACCCAGAAUGAUUCCGAUGACGAUUCAGAAGAGUCUGAGGAAGAAAUUUCCAACCUGCCUAAGAAAAGUAGAAUGAAGCGCUAUGUCCUGCAAAGACAGAAACAGAUGGAGGGCUCGUCUCAAUGUGAUGAGACACCAAAUCAGGAGUUUGAGGAUCCCAUCCUGCAAAGAUGGUCUAAGCCUAUGGCAGCAUAG